UACCUUGGGUGCACAUCAGAUAGUCAGAAAUGCUCAUUGUAGAAGGAUUCAGAACUAGUAAAAGCUCAGUGGCCCUCAUUCACUAAAAAGUGGAAGAUUUGUCAGUCCAUAAAAUUGUUUAUGUGUCCUAUAUUCAAGUAAUGUGUAUAGGCAUAUCAACCAGAAAAAGAGUUCAGUUGCCUGGUGAUCAGGUAAAGCAGGGGUUCCACACUGCUGAUGCUGCCAGGUCUCAUCAGCAUGGAGGAGUCUGAGCUGUCGCCUCGCAUCGGCCCGCGCCGCCGCCAGAGGGCCAGCGGCCAGCGCGUCUGCGGCUGCGUCCAUGUGCGCACUGGCACCAUCAUGCUGGGAAUGUGGCAUCUGGUGAUGAACGUGCUGGCCCUGUCGGCGCUGGCCAUGGUCAUCUUCCACCCAGAGAUGUUGCAACAUGUGCAGCUGGAGCGCGCGCCGACGGCCAACCUGUCGGCCGAAGGGGCCGGCAGCGAGGCGGUGCUGCCGCCGCGCGUCAUGCCCAAGUACGGCCCCACGUACUCGGUGCUGGGCGGCCAGGUCUGGAACGUGGACGACCUCAACAUAGGCAUAAUGAUCACCUUUUGCACGUUCAUCAUCACGCUGCUGAUGGUGGUAGGCGCCAUCAAGGGACAGCCCUCCUACCUGAUGCCCUUCUUCUGUCUGCAAGUGUUCGACUUCUGCAUCUCCAGCCUGACCAUGAUCAGCUACUUCUCCUUCAUGCCGGACCUGCACGUGAUGCUGGUGCGCUCAUCGAGCCUGCCGUUCCGCGACCAGCUGCUGCGCCUGGACCAGCGCUGGCUCUCGCUCAUUCUGAUGGUGGCCUUCCUCGUCGCCAUGGUGAUCAAGGCGUACCUCAUCGCCAUGGUGUGGGCCUGCUACCGCUACCUGCUGAUGCGCCAGGCCGGCGGCGGCGGCGGCGGCGGCGGCGGCGCACCGGCCGAACCCGACCCGGCGGCCUCGCUGCCCGACUACGAGGUGGCGCUCUCCGACCCGCGCUUCUCCAAGGUCGACCUGGCCAACUAUCCGGCGCCGCCGCCCAGCUACGACGCCGCCACCAGCGAGGCGGGCGCGCGCGCCAAGUAGACGCCGCGCGCUGCCGCCCGGCCGCGGCAGGACGACGGGUGGGCUCUGUGACCCGGGAGGAGGGAAGGGUAGACACCGGGCCGGUCUGGGUCGAUGGAGGAGUGACGGGAGAUGAACGGGUGGACGCUCCGGGCCGGCUGGCGGCGGGCGGUGUAGCGGGGCACGCGGGACGCUCGGUCACUGAUCGGGCGGGCUGGUGUGUUACGGUAUCCUUGGGCGGCCGGGGGCCGGGCCGGUAGCGAGAACCGCGCGCCAAGCGGCGGCGGCCGGCGAUGUAGCGGGGCUCGCGGGACGCUCGGUCACUGGUCGGGCGGGCUGGUGUGCUACGGUAUCCUCGGGCGGCCGCGGGGCUAGGCCGGUGGCGAGAGCCGCGCACCGAGCGGCGGCGGCCGGCGGUCAACUUAACGGCGGGUCCGGCUGUGACGUCACGGACGCGUAUAUUUUCUCUGCCGUGGUCCUGGGGCCGCGCUGCACCGUCGCACGCGUCGCCGACUCACUCUCCGAUAGAUGUAAGGCACGCCGCCGGCCUCCGGCGUCCGCACGCGUCCCACAUUUUGUCCUGGCGUGGGACUGAACCCGUGGGGGGGGGGGGGGGCUGACCCUUAUGCCCCCCCUUCCCCGCUGUCUGUCGCAGCGGGGGACGGCCCUUUGUUUCGGCGUGGGACUGACCCUGCGGAGAGCCGCCCCUCUACCGGCGGGGGGGGGGGGGGGUGACACUCUGUCCCGGUGGGAGACCGGCCCUCUGUUCCGACGGAGGACUGACCCUCUGUAUCGGUGGCGAUCCGGACGCGUGCGGGCCGACUGGUUAGGCGGUGAGGUGCGUGCUUAGGUGUUGUCAGUGAUAGUCUCCUUGCGGUGGUUAUAUUGCUGUAGCGCGCGCCGCAGGUGUCGCGCCCACAGCUUCUGUUUGUCUUUCACUUACAUUAGCACCAGCGGCACUGCACUGGUUGUUUGGGCAGCUGGUCCCGGAUUUUAGGAGGUGUUUGGCGCCCGUUUCAUCGAAAAGUAGUGCGAGUUUGUGUAUCAAAGUUCGUUUAAAUUGCACAAGGACGCGGCUGUGUCCCGGACCUGGGCCCACUUACUGCAGAAGAGAACGAAACUACGACGGUACGCAAUCGAAAGCGCGCGAUGUAAACACGUGUUCUCAAUGUAGUCAUGCUAGUUUGAUUUUGAGUUGUAAGACCGUUUGUUAACAAAACGAUUGGGGAACUUUUUUGUGUGCUGAAACUGUCCACACGGCGCGAGUUUAAGUGCUUUAGUUCGUAGUUUUAUCUUGGGAAGCUGGGCACAGGUGUCUCCGUUUGAAAAUCAGCUGUGAAUACAAGCCAAAGAAACGUCG